UGUUAGACUCGUGAAGCAAACUUAUCAUGAUCAAACUGGAAAGUACGACGAAUUCUGUAAGCUCUUGAAGGAUUACACGGCUAAAAGAAUGGAUAUUUCCCGUCUAUUAACAAAAGUGAAGAAACUGUUUGAUGGGUAUGGCGAUUUAGUUUCUGGGUUCAACUCUUUCUUGCCGGUGAACUAUGUCGCCACUUCGCCGGAGAUCGAGUUUAUAAACAAGGUUUAUAAGCGUUUCAUAGACGAUCAAUGUAAGUUUAAAUCGUUUCUUGAAGCUUUGAGUAGGUGGAGAUUUGGGGCCAAAGACAUUAGUCUGCUCGAUCAAGAUGUUGCAAUUAUUUUCAAAGAACACCGAGAUUUGUACAUUGAGUUCAUGGGGUUUUAUGGGCAUUGUUUAGAGGAAAAGUCGAACGAUCUUGAAGAGAACAAAUGGGUGUUAGAGACUCCGAGGAACAAAGAUUCACGUUUUAGGAACAGAAGGCUAUGCCCAUAUGAAAAGAAAUUAUGCGAUUGUGAAGAUACUUUGUUUGAAGCAGACAUGGUAUUACAUUCGUUAGAAUCAACUAAGAAUGACAUGGAAAAACUGGUGGGCGACAUCAUGUUGGGUAUAAACAAAGAACCAGAGAGAGAAAUCGACGUUGAAAACUUUUUCACAGUUAAGAAUUUGAGGUGCAUUGAAAGAUUAUACCAUGACCAUGGUUUUGUUGCAGUGAACUCGCUGAAACAACAUCCAGAGAUGGCAUCGAUGAUCAUAGCGUCUCGUCUGGAUCAGAAACUCAAGGAAGUGGAUGCGCUUCAUGAUGAAUUUAAGGGGGGUUUUGCUAUUAAAUUCAAAAAUCUCCACGAAAAAGCACCAAGAAAAAGAGCUUGAUCUCAGAGAACACGAAAUCAAUAGGGAAUGAGGCUAACGAUAUGGAUGAGGAACAGUAUCAGAAGAGGAGGGGGUGGGGAUGAACAUUUCCAAGCAGUGACUUUUAUUGUUGUGUCCUAGUACUACUUGUGAAUGCAUUUCACAAUGAUUUAAUUGUUUCUGUAAUUGAUUUCGUUGAAACGGCCCCUGAAAUCUUAGAUUUACUGCUGGACAGUCUGUCCAGCCAGUCCCUAGCUCGCGCUAAUGAGUACAAUUGGUGUUUUACUUCUUUGUUUUUUUCUUUAUUGAAUAUAUUG